AUGGCAUUGAUGAUUCCGACGGUGGUGACCAAUUUGAUGGUGAUGGGUCCUUUCAUAUUGUGGGAUCACGCCUCAGAGGUGCAGGAUUUUGAUCAGUCAGCCUCGAAUUGGGCUCCGUUUCGAGAGAACUGGAAGUUGGUGCUGAAGGCCGGGAAGACAUCGAAGCUGGGCUUCUCCUCUCCGUUGUGGACCAACAGCGAUCUGCUGAACAAAGAUUCCGCGGAAGACAAAGCAGAGGAUGCCAAGUACGACGCUUUCAACACGGUGCCGUUCAAGAAGAUUCGCAUGUGUGUCGACGAACCGAAGGAAAACUGUGUGGAGCACGAGUUCAAGAAAGAGUAUGACAAUGCCAAAGCCUUGUUCAGCGGCAAGUACAUUAAAGACACGAAGGUGGAUAAAAAAGGAAUCCUUAAGGCCUUCAAGGUGAAGAAGGGCACUUACCAGGACUGCCCCAUGCAGAGGCCUGGCUUCAACAUCGAGUGCAACGGCGGCAACAAAGCUCGUUGGGGCUACUGCAACAACUGUGCCACCCAGGCGUGUCAGAACAACGACAACGACGAUGCGGACGGCGCGAUUGGAAUUGGGAUCGCAGGCCAGUCAACCAACGGCGAGCUUGGAGCAGGCUGGACUGCGUACUUCGCUUCCCCGGGAGGGCAGUGCACAGCCAACGGCAAGACACACAAGGCUGUGCCUUGGCACCGUGCCGCUUUCGGAACGUUGGGUAGGGCCGGGUGA